CUCCCUUCGUCUCUAAAUAAAUUUUCCUUUUUCGUCCAUCUCAAUUAAAACUUUCAUUUUCCUUUUUUUUGGUAAAGAAUUUGUGGUUCACAACAUUUUUUACACAUAACAACUUUACACCACACAAUGCCCAUAACUGUCUUGCUCAACCUAUUUGAAAGUUAGGAAAACUGUCAAAUAAGUUCAUGUACUUUUAACAAAAAGUCAAUUGAGUUCAAGUACUUUUUUUCGAGUCAAUCAAAUCUAUGAACUAUAAAAAAUCAACCAAAUUAGCUUUUUAAUGGGUAAGUAACCGGUUAUCCGGUGAGUUGCCUACUUGGACGUCCAGCUGGGCAUUUUUUUUUUUUUUUUACUUUUUUCACUUUUUUUAUUUUUUCUUUUCAGUUUCUUUUUCUAUUUCUCCUCCAUCUGCAACCCAUAUCCUUCUCCUUGCGCAGAUUACGGAUCUAUGGAGCAUCCAGGUGGUGGUGGUGGCCAUGAAAGUUGGGGCGGUUGAAGGUCGUUUAAAUGGAAGAGGCGAAGGUAGAGAUGGUGGAAGCCGGAGGCAGUGACAAGGGCAACGGAGUUGGUGGCUAUAGAAUCUGGUGCGGCUGGAGGUCAUUGCAAUGGAGGCAAAGGGAUGGAGGUUGUGGACGGAGGUGGUGUAUAGCGGAGGGGCGGCUGAAGUGAAGGUGGAGGCCGGACUUCAGAUGUGGUGCAGUGGUGGGCGGCGGGCCGGUGGCUAUGGGGGUUGGGCCGCGGCGGAGGUGAUGGCUAGAGAUGCCGAGGCGGUGGAGUUUGUUCGAGUGGGAGUGGCAGAGCAGCAACGAUGGAAGAAAGGGCUGGAGUUGUUGUGGAGACAAGAAAUGAAAGAAAGAAUCGAUCAUGGGGGAGCUGGGAACUGGAAAAGGAGAAGAGGAGCAGACUGCGGACAGGAAGAGAGAAGAAAGAGAAAAAAAAAAGAAAGAGGAAAGAGAAAAAAAGGAAAAAGAAAACAAAAAAUAAAACAAAAAAAGGAAAAUACUAGAAAAUUGCCAGCAGCAACAUGACAACAUCCACUUAGGUGGUUAACCGGGUAACCGGUUGGCUACCUACAAAAUAUCUGAUUCAGUCAUUUAUUGAUAGUUCAUGGACUUAAUUGAGUUGAAAUAAAGUACAUAUAUUCAAUUGACUUUUUGUUAAGAGUACAUGGACUUGACAGUUUUCUCUUGAAAGUUUUAUUAGGGAGGUUGCAAUAAAGUACUUCAACCAGCCUCCCCUUCUUCAGUUAACACCACGGGUACUGAACGAACGCUCCCAGCCGUCGAACGCCGUUCCUCAUCGCCUCAG